CAUUGUGGCUCCAACCAUUAGUACAUACACAAAAUUAUUGCAAUUAUGUGCACCCAUGUGUUUGUCAUUGCAGUCUAUGAGAUCGUAAACCUGUUACAUAAAAAAGUUAUAUAACCCGAAAAGAGCAAGGAUGAGAAAAUCAUAUAUUUUGUGGAUUUGCAUUCUACUUUCUUCGGUAUUGGCACAAAAGUGUGAAGCAUUGCCAAAAUAUGCUAACAAUUCAGAAUCGCAUUAUGUUAGAAAUAGUGAUGGCCAAUUCAACGAAAGCCAGUCCAUCUAUGAGCCAAACACACAAACGACUAAAGAUCGAUUACAGCGUUUGGGUUACACAACUGGAUAUGGAACAAUAAAUGUAAGCAUGGGAUAUCCGGGAAGUACAGGUAUUUCUGCUUACAAUCCWAUUAAAUUGGACCUGGGAGGAGUUGUACUAGGGACAUUGGUUGGUAUUGGCGCUAUUUUAAUAAUUCCAAAGUUGUUGGGUGCUUUCCAUGGAGGAUAUGCCGGUUAUGGCCGAAGUGAAAAUGACAACGAUUUAUUAUCGCUUUCAAAUAUGAUUAAUAGAAUUGAUGAUAUACUUACUCAAAACAAUAUAGACUCAACAGGUUGCAUGCAACGUGCUGUAUGCAGUUAUGUACGGUCAAUCGAGUUCAACUUAAAGACAGGCGUUCCAGACCAAAUAGAUAAAUUCAUUCAUACGCUUUCGGAAAAUCCCCUCGUCGUUUAUCUUUUAGAUGGUACAGCAAUUAAGGAGGCUUUAGAAUCGGGAAAGAGAGUUAACGAAAAGCCUUGUGAACAGUUAUACACAUCUUGCCCAAUGGACAAUAAAACGGCUGCUAAUMUGUUAACGAAAUUACUGCCGACCAAACACUCUUCCGAUUUAUUGAGAUCACAGUGGUUAAACAUCUAACUUUUAAUGGUUUCAUUUUAGUACUCCGACACUCGAGAAAGACAUCUUAAUUUUCAAAAAGUGUGCUCGUUGACAAAAUAUUUUGGGAUUAAUUUUAGAUAUAUACAAUAAAGAGAAUGUUSUUUUGUA